UUGAGCACUGUGUCUCCACAUGUAUCGCCAGAAACUACAAAUCCGUCUACAUCGAGCCUUCAGACGACGCUCGCGGAAGAGACAGACAGCAUGAGAAAAGAUGAAGAGGAGUCAAAUGGAGAGAAGGAAAAAGAAGGGUCCAUAUCGGACUGGAUCUCUGGAGGACCGAUUGGUUCUAAAGGAGCCGUCCUUAUAUUUAGAUCUUGCGUUCUUGCGUCUAGAACCCCCUCAACGGAAACAACGAGGACGGUAGGAAAUAACACUGGAAAUAAUAUUUUGUUAAAUAAAGCUAAAAAUAUGGCUAAAAGACUAGUAUCCGAACCCCACUCCUUAAGCGUUAGACCAAAAAAUAUCAUGCACGAUGUUAUGGAGACUUUUGGAACCGUUAACAAGUUUUCCGGGCAAGCGUAUGUUGUAAGGCAUGUUAGUAACACUGAUGUUCCGGAAGCAGUUCAAGUAGAGGAACAAGGACAUGAAACUGCGGAACACAAAAGAGAUAUAGAUGACGUGCUUAAUGAUCUCAGUAAAAUAACACUCAAGAAGCAUUUAGACAUCGAAAACAGAACCGCUAACAUCAAACCAGCCGACGAUCCACCGCCGAACGAUAAAGAAAACAAAGAAGAUAAAAAAAUCAAAAAAAUGAAAGGAAAGACCAAACACAAAUCCCCUCAAAUCAAAAGAAGCUUAUCACCGCAAGAUAGUGAAGACUCUGAAAAUGUAUUAUUAGUAAAAGAAGUUAAUAAUAUUAAGGUACUAGAAUGUGGUAAUAUGCCAGCUAAUAUUCUAAAGAUCUCCUACAAGUUGGUGAAUACGGAGACCAAACUUCUGCAUCGAUUGUUGCAAGCACACGGGCUACGGGAGGCGCCAGCAGAUUCUAAGGAUUUUACUUUGUUGUGGGCUGGACUACAUCCAAAGCCUGACGUCUUGAGAUCGUUGACUCCAUAUCAGAGAGUAAAUCAUUUCCCUCGAUCAUACGAACUGACCCGCAAAGACAAGCUGUUCAAGAACAUAGAGAAGAUGCAGUACUUCCGAGGCAUGAAGAACUUCGACUUCAUACCCACCACUUUUCUCAUGCCUACGGAAUACAAGGACCUGUGUACGGCACACUACAGAACCAAGGGUCCGUGGAUCGUGAAACCCGCGGCCUCCAGCCGGGGCCGAGGGAUUUACAUCGUUAACAACCCGGAGCAAAUACCAAAGGGCGAUAACGUGGUCGUAGCGAAGUACAUAGACAAACCACUCUUGAUAGGUGGUCACAAAUGCGAUUUGCGGCUGUAUGUGUGCGUGACCUCGAUCGACCCUUUGCUCAUAUACCUCUACGAGGAGGGCUUAGUCCGCUUCGCUACGGUCAAGUACGACAAGACUAACAAGAACCUGUGGAACCCCUGCAUGCACCUUUGUAACUACAGUAUCAACAAGUACCACACGGAUUACAUCAAGUGCUCGGACCCGGUGGCGGGCGACGUGGGGCACAAGUGGACGCUGUCGGCGCUGCUGCGCACGCUGCGCGCGCAGGGCCGCGAUACGCGCGCGCUCAUGGCGCGCGUGGAGGAGCUGGUGGUCAAGGCGGUGCUAAGCUCCGCGCACACAAUGGCGGCCGCCGCGCGCGCCUUCGUGCCGCACGCCUUCAACUGCUUCGAACUCUUCGGUUACGACAUCCUUAUAGAUGACAACUUGAAGCCGUGGCUGCUAGAAAUCAAUCUAUCUCCCAGCUUGGCGUGUGAAAGUCCGUUGGAUGCUCGAGUGAAGUCUGCACUGCUGGCCGAUACCCUGACUCUAGUGGGGCUGCCCGCUGUGCCCUCUGCGGGGCAGGAAUCUGCCUCAAACAAUAACUCGCUCAAGAUGAGGAUCGGCGCUUGUCGGCGCGUGCACUCCGCGGAGAACGUGAACGGGCGCGGUGGGGGCGUGGCAGGGGCAGGGGUAGGGGCAGGGACAGGGUUAGGCGGGGGCGGCGCGCUGUGCGGGGAGGAGCUGCGGCUAGUGCGGGCGGUGCGCGCGCAGUACGCACGACGCGGCGGCUUCGUGCGCAUCUUCCCCUCGCAGAACUCCUGGCAGAAGUACGCGCAGUACCUCGGUCAGUACACACUCACACACCUGCACCUGGUGUGGGCGGUGCGCGCGCAGUACGCACGGCGCGGCGGCUUCGUGCGCAUCUUCCCCUCGCAGAACUCCUGGCAGAAGUACGCGCAGUACCUCGGUCAGUACACACUCACACACCUGCACCUGGUGUGGGCGGUGCGCGCGCAGUACGCACGGC